ACCGAAGUUGUCUGCAAUUGACGAGACCAAUCAUUGUGAAUUAGUUCCGAACGACGGCAUGUGCCAGUGCGAUGUGUGUGCGUUGCGGCCAUUUUUAAAGAUUUCCCGUGUGUACCGAGAAAUUUUUGUGUUCAACCGACGAGUUUUGAGGUUCCACGACGGCCAAUUUGUUCGCAGAUUGGUAAAAAACGUUGUUUUCGACGCGACUCAAUUAAAACAUUAACUAUUCAAAGCUGCCGAGCUGUGAAGAGUGUUUUUUUUCGCUAGUGUCCCCCCAUCUCGACAAUUCGGACUUUCGCGAAAUCGUGUGUGCUGUACAAUCCCGAGACGAGAAACCACGGACUUUCGUGUAGCAAACGAGUUUUCUAAAAAAGCAGAAAUAGGUGCGGGGUCUGGUGUUGAGGAGCGUGAAAUAGAUCGGUUGGCUGGCAAGUGUGCAGAAGUGGAGUGGAUUUGGGAUUUGGCGAAGGAUCAGUGAGUGGCGCUUGUAGCUAGAAUUAGCCCGAGGACCUUCAAGUUGACUCGUCUCGUCUGCAUUUCGCGAAUUUAGUGCUCCGGUGCGGUGCGAGCGAGGAGAAAGAUAGCAACCAGGCGGCGGAGUGCAGUUCGUGCGAAGAACGGCGCUGAGGUGGCUGAAGAAUGCAGUAGAAUCGUCUGGCGAUAUAAGGCAGGGCGAAAGACAGCUCGCAAAAGCCGUCGGGCCAAGAGACAACGACACGACGUCGAGUGCGGCGGCCGCGACCUUUUUCUUUUGUAAUUCGUCGUCGAUUUUCCCACAAGAACCGCUCGCAGCGGCCAGUGUGACUUAGCAUUUGUUGUCCGCUCUGGGCUGGUGAAGGCGCACCGAACAGGAAUACUUUUACUACGCGUGGAUUUGUGAUCUCGCGACAAAAGUGCACGAGGAAGAGCGAGCGUGCGUGUGCGGGGUGAUUUUGAAAGCUGGGAUUGUUGCUGGAUUUCGGUUUGCUGUGCUCCAGCACCGAUAGGACCACUGCCAAGUGUUAAAGCGUGCGGCGUCUGAAAAAGACUUGAACAGGCCCUUCUGGUCGGCCUUCAACCUACUUUCGUGCCGAACGGGUCGCAGUUGGCAGUCGCGCCGCCUGCAAUUGGAAAGGAGUUUUGUGGUUUUUCAAAGAAGAAUUUGUGUCGUUCCGCAGUUCCCAUCUCGUCCUCUGAAUCGGCCGUUCCGUUUCGGUCGCGGCUGCAGUGAGAGCGUGUUGGUGGUGCCGAGCCGGACGACUACCAAGUCGGGAAUUUUGCAUUCGCGAAAGUGAGAUACAGCGAUAAGCACACACACACAACAGGCGAAGUCGUGCCAGCAAAGUGAAACAGUUUCGGGUAGAAACACACGAGCGCAAAACGUGCGGUAAAGCGACUUGGUCGUGUACACACAGCGGCGAACGCACCAACACAGCCGAACGGAGCACUUGUCCGCUGUCGUCGACGUCGAUUGCUGUCAUCGGAAAGAACGAGCAAGCGAACAGUUUCCACUUCUCAUCGUGUAAUUUAUGUGGAAUGGAAUCUGCGGGAUACGUGUACAUGAAUGGGGAGACAGUUAAUUUGCCCGCUACUGGAGCGGUAUACACAAGUAUACCAGAAACAAUGUUGAGUGCUAAUCCAUAUGCUUCAACAGUAACAGUAGCAGCUUCGUCUAUUGCGACUGUUCUACCACAAACGACUAUAACCGUUCAAGAAAUUGUACCACAAACGCAGUUAGCACAACAGCCACAACAAACUACACAACCCGCUAUGCACGGAUCAGCUGUUGAUUAUCCUACAAUGAAUGGAACGAUACCAGUUGGUGUAGAUGGUCAAAAUUAUUAUACAAAUUCGGAAGAGAGCGAUCAGAGUGUACCAGGUGUACCAGGACAACAACAAAUGUCUUCGACUGCCACACAUACAGUAGAUUCAUCAGCGCAAUCUUCAUUGAAUACAGGAACAAGUGUUUCAGCCACCACUAGCAGUGGAAGUGGUGGCGGGAGCGGUGGAGGAGGGGGUGGUAGCAAUUCAAAUGGAACUACAAUGGUUAUGGGUCCAGAAGGUGUUCCCAUACCUUUAGAGCAACUUAAACAAAAAUUAGCAACGCAGUUAGAUUAUUAUUUUUCACGAGAAAAUUUGGCCAACGACACUUAUUUAUUAACACAAAUGGAUAAUGACCAGUAUGUUCCAAUUUGGACUGUAGCUAAUUUUAAUCAAGUAAAAAAACUUAGCAAGGAUAUACGGCUAAUAACAGAAGUGUUACGUGAAUCUCCAAACGUUCAAGUGGACGAAGAAGGAUUAAAAGUGCGCCCUAAUCAUAAGAGAUGUAUAGUAAUUUUGCGUGAAAUACCUGAAAAUACCCCAAUUGAAGAUAUUAAGAAUAUAUUUAGCGGUGAAAACUGUCCACGAGUGAUUACUUAUGAAUUCGCCAUCAAUAAUUCUUGGUAUAUAACCUUUGAAUCUGAUGAAGACGCCCAAAGAGCUUUUAAAUAUUUAAGAGAGGAAGUAAAAGAAUUUCAGGGUAAACCAAUUAAAGCCCGAAUAAAAGCCAAACCGAUGAAUAGGUUACCAAUGGCGCCCAUCCAAUUGUCAUUGAAAAAUGACUAUCGGAUAACACCACCGCCUUCUGUAUUCGAUGCUGCUGCAGCACUUCCAUAUCAAACGCAACAACGUUAUGUUUACCCAACAAAUGGUGCUGUAUCGAUGCCGCAAGGUGCCUACGGCAAUCAAAUUAUGUUUCCCAUUCAACAGCAUCAGUUCUAUUCGGGAAUCAUAUCGCCUUGGCAUGCAGCAGCUGCACCCACAUCAGCUAAUCCACAUGGGCAGAAUUUCUAUGAAAUUUACUCUACCAAUGGCUUGAGUCCUCAGGUUACUUUCCCAUUGUCGAAAACGCCCAGGUAUAACAGUCAUAGGAACAAUACGGGAGGCGGUAACAGCGGCCACAAUGUACGAAGUAGUAAGCAAAGAAACGCUUCAAAUACGUCGCAUGAGCAUCGUAGCAAUCAAACGGGGAAUAAUCAACAACCACAAACGCAGCAAACAAAUGCGGGUGUCAAUAGCAAUCAACAGAAUUCAAUCCCAAACCAUAGGCCGCAUUAUUAUCAACAGUCGAAUUCGAGCAAAAGUCAGCAGCUAUCGCAUACGGGGCAGCCAUCCAGUACCCAACCGUCAGGGCCUAAAGGGGAUAAGAUGUCGUACAACUCCUCAAGCAGACAUCAACAAUCGUCGACACAUCAGCCGCAAGCAACUUACUCUCAUCAACAUCAAAGCAUACACGGAGACAUUUCAUCAGUAUCAGCAGUAGGCGAUGUUAUCACUUCUACACACGAUGAAAAUAUUAUUCCGCAAACGCAUCACCGUAAUUCCAAUAUACCUAAAGAUCCAUGGCAAUAUAAAAAUCGACGAAGAAGGCGAGAUGACGACAGCUAUUCGAAUACAAAUAAUACUAGUUCACGAUCGGCAUCGAAUACCAACACGGGACCCAGUAAUUUGACACCAGGAAACCCGAUUCAAACUCAUCAAACGGCAUUACAGGGCAACAACAACGGCAACAAUUCUGUGAAUUUACAGGUAUCCACGAAUUCAACUUCAGCCAGCGGCAAGAUUUCGAGUCCUAAUCAAUCUCACUCCUCCGGACAUCAUUAUUCAUAUGCUCACCAUUAUUCAGGUAAUGCAACCAAUCACAAACAGCAAGGAGGAAAUCAUCAAACGUCGUACCACUCUCAACACCAUCAACAAAGUGCUACACAACCGCAGCUACAAGCACCGCCACAACCACCGCAAUUUGAUUUGGAGGCAUCGGCAUUUCCUCCACUACCUGGCCUUGAACAAUCAAAUUCCGUGCAGAAUUCAAACGUCGCGAGUUUUCCAUCACUUAUACCACAGUCAUCGUCAACACUAACAAUGACAACAACACAAAAUAAUAGCACAUCAUUACUAACAAACAAUAACAAACCUACAACUGCCAUUUCUGUCUCAUCGCUGCCAGGGAGUGGAGUCUCAGCGAAUGCUGCUGACAUUUCGAUAAAUAGUGCCGCUGCCGAUUUAAUAUCCUCUCCUAGCGUGAUAACAUCACCGCAACAAAGUCAUAAUGCAAAUAAUACUAGUUCCUCAUUCUCCUCUGCCUCCGUGUCCACUACAACGACGCCAGUACUUCCACAAACUAGUAAUUGGUCCGAGCCACGUCUGUCUGAUGUUAUUCGCGGUACAGCUCGGGCGAAGUCGCAACCACAAAAGGAAAGCGCCAAAAAUACAUCAAACGGUCUAAAUAGUAACGCUUAUUCGACGAAUAGUGUAGUGAAUAGCAACAAUUAUCGACAGUCAGCUAAUGAUGUAACGACGGUUUCAACGACGUCCCACUCUCAUCAAAACCCUGUUUUAAACUUGAAUAUUAGCGGCAGCGGCAUUGAGACUGCAAUAGACGUGGGCACUGUAGCAUUGACGCCACCAUUUUCUCCGGAAACAAAAACUACGAAUAAAGUACUAUUAAUUAAUAACAAUAAUCCUAAUACUGUGAUAAAGUGUGUAACACAUAAUACGGCUGAUAAGGCAACCAAGACUGACGAGUCACUGCUGAAUGGAGUAGAUAAUAAUUUGUCAAAUUCUUCGACUCAAGACGUGAUAGCAGCCACUCAGACCACAAGUUAUGCUGUCAAUGCUCAAAGUAUGCCUGCACCUGCUACUGCGAAUGUUGCCACAAUGACUUCAUGUGAUAUUACAAGUAGCGGAAGCGGUAAACAGAUUUCAGUGAAUUCAUCGUCGUCGGCAUCAUCAACGACAGCCGCACCAGCUGCUAGCCAAAGUGCGGCUGUAAGCAAGACGAAUCCCCCAGUCGCGAACACAAAAUCGUCCGCCACAAAUCAAUUGGCCAAACAGAAACUAUCCAUAACUACCGCUGCUGCCACGAUAUCCUCAUCGACUAGCCAAUCGUCAACGUUGAACACUGGCAAUUCACCAGUAUCACCGCUACCAAGUGAUGGAGUUGUGUUUUCUCCAUGCGGUAAUGGCACCAGAUUGAGUUAUGCGCAGGUAGCACAACAUCAUAAGGAUAAUAUUACUACGACCAAGGAUCGUAAGACAUCUGAAUCUUCUUCUUCGGUUCCCAGCAGUGCUGAGAAACAGACGCAACAGGCCAUUGCAAAUGUUGAAAAGGAUAAGAAGAAAGAUUCAACAAUAACUAGUGCAGUUGUUAAGACAGCGCAUGUAGCUGAACCGAUUAAGGAUCGCGACGCUAAUCAUCGUUACACCAACAACAACAACAACACAAACAGAAAUAGUCGCGAAACAAAGGAGCAAAAAUCACUGAAUAAUACUACUCGUGAAAGACGCGAUACCACAGACAGUGGUAACGGAAGCGGCGGUGGUGGUACUAUUUCAAGCAACAAUCGUAAUCGGCCGCCUCGUGGGAAUCAAAUCAAAGAUUAUUUCCAAGACCCGAGAAGUUCCAAGUGAUGUAUUGAUUCGCAUAUAUUAGUUAUGCGAUCGGUAUGAAUAUAUAGAUUGACUCAUAAAGAGAGAAUGCGUAUGCUAAAAGGAGAUGGCAAGCGCAUAAAACGUUUGGAAAUAAAUCGCUGUUAGGAUUUAAGAUGUAGCGUUGAAACUAAUUGAAACAAAAAAUAAAUAAAAAAUUAUUAAGAAAUUGAUACACCGUAGACUAUGUAAAGAUAAAUAAUGAGUUAAACAAUUGAAACAAUAAGCUAAUGAAUUAUUUUAAAAGAAAACUGAAUAUUAAAUAAUUGUAAAAAAAAUGUGGUGAGUGAAAGAAAAAUAGCAAAAGCCAGGCAUAUAGAAUGAUAUAUGCUAAAUAGAGUAAAAUCGUCAACGUUAUCCGCUUCCUGGUAUAUCUUCCCUCAUUUAUGGAAUUGGUUCCGGCACAUUAUUGUUCCUGUGUAAGAGAGUGGUUUGUUAUUAAUGCAGGACAUUAGUAUUGUAAACUGGGGACGCUUUUUAUCCACGUCAGUUGGUAGCUCUUAAUUUCAAUGCCACGCACUAAAAAUUGCUUUUUAUGGACGAAUGUGUUCCCAAAAUCGUAUCACAAAUCGAUGGUUAUCUAUCGGGGAAAAGGGUAGUGUUGGCUAUUUUACAUUAAUUUAGGAAAUUCUCAGAAUAAAAAAAUAAACAUGUGUUACUUUUGAUUUAAGGGACAAAUUUGCAAUUAUUUCAUCUGAUAAAAUUCGUUUUUCUGAUUUAAUACACAAAAAAAAAUGAAUUUUUGUUUUGAUAAUUGCAAAUUUGUGUAGUGAUAACAUACUUUAACAGAAAAUAAUGUUAAAUUGACGAUAUUUUCUUUUGUAUAUUAUAUUAUUUAAUUAUAUUUAUUUGCGUUGAAGAAAUUGAGAGAGGGCCUUUGCCAUGAAGUCUCAACGAAAUGACUGGCCAACACACACGUUGAUGAGAAUGAAUGAAUGAAAGGUUGAUGAAUUGUACCAAAUUUCACGCAAUAAUAAAUCAUGAAUGUUCAACGAAAGUUAAUUAUACUCUCAAAAACUUGCACGUUGAAUAGAUUCGCUUGUACAUACCAAACCGGAAACAUUAUAUAAGUUGUUAUUUUUCUUGAGGAUUGUUCUUAUUUUUUUUUUUUCUUUUUUUAUUUUCUAUACAUAAUGAUAACUAGUUGAUUAAUUGUUCUGCAAAACGGAAUCGCAUAUGACAACUGAAAAAGCGUUAUGAAAUCACAUUGGGUGAAUGGGGACAUUGGUAACUAGAUGUAACGAUAAAAAACUAUUCGCUACAAUUGCUUAUCUAGAUAUUCAUACUUAUUAAACGGAAUAAUGUGUAAAUCACAGCCGCUAGCAGAGGAAAUAAAAACAAAAAUCGUGAAGAUUUAUUUGAAAACGUUUUUAGAAGUAUUCGUCAUUAUUUUACUAUGCCAUAGUGAAGCACAAAUGUAUUAUAUAUAGAAACGCAUGAUACGCAGAUUAUAGGGAACUUGUUAAUCGCAUUGCUCGAGACAUGAAAAGACGCUAACGCUUGUAGAUUUCCUCGUAGCAAUGCAAUGUAGAAUUGAAUUUUUGAAAAUCUUUCAAAAUCAUCACUUUAUUGUGACCCUAUGUGAUCGAUUAACGCUACUGUUGAGCCACACCGGUGUUAAUAUCUAACAAUUUGGCCAACUUUUCAUUUUUUCAUUUAGCGUGUCUAAAAAUUUUCUAGAAAUAAAUUACCUCUCGGGUCUUAUUAUAUUUGUAUAUAUUUUUAGAAAAAAAACAAAACAAAACGAUAAAAAACACAUGUGUUUCAUAAUUCCAUUUCAAUAUGCAUUGUCCUUACAGCUGGCUUUCACAAUUAGUUGAAAUGUUUUUUGAUUUAAAUGCGUUUUAUAUGGAAGCAUAUCCAGACAAACUUAUAAAUAAAAAAAAAAGAAAAGCACCGAA